AUGCAAUUUUCUCGUAGUUCCACUGGCCAUGUGUUCUCAGAUGAAUUCUUCCUCUCUGUGAAAGAGCUCUUCUCCCCUCCGGAAAUAAAUGUGGCCCCGUCCAGGGUAAUAGAAGGAGGUGAGAUGACGGUGACGUGUGACACCAGACUGGAUCCGCUCAGAGGCGGCACAGAGCUGCACUUUGCCUUCUACAGAGAUGGACGGACUGUGCAGGAAUUCAAUGUAUCCGAUACAUACAGAGUGCUGUCAGCUCAGCUGGAGGAUUCUGGGAAUUAUACCUGUGAAGUGAGGACGAUGGAUGACCAUGUGAGGAAGAUGAGUGAUGAGCUCCAUAUCCAGAUGUAUGGUGAGCAC